GAUAGCCGAGAAACAUGAGAUAAGUUGCUUGUUUACUUGUAGAUUUUAUUUGUAAAUAAAUGGUUUUCACGUUUGAUUCUCAAUAUAUAGUGAACAUUAAGCUUCAUAAGCAUUCGUACGUCUUAUAUAAAUUCAUCGCGCAAGCAUAUCUUUUUUUGUAUGAUCUGUGAUUACGACCGCAUAUCACGUUUGAGGUUAAUGUAGCGUGGCAUACGAUUAUUGUUUGUAUUGUAAAUACUUUUUAUCAUUUAUUUUGACUCAAUAAUUGUAGUAAAGCUCACGAAAAGUACAAGUUUGUAAAAAAAUUUUAUCAAAAUGUCGCAAGAUGAAUCCUGCCAAGUUCGACAAAAUAAUGAAUUAGAAGUUUUAAAGUCUAUCUUUGGAAAUGAAUUACGUGAUCUACGUACAGCUAAACAAAAAAAAAAAGGUUAUCCAUUGGAUAUUUUAAUUACUUUAAUACCACAGAAAGGUAUGUCUGGUCCAGUGGAGGUUUAUGCCCAGGUUGAUUUACAAGUGACCUGUAGUGAUAACUAUCCUCAAGAAGUCCCAAAACUUGAGCUAAAAAAUAGCAAAGGUGUAUCUCAUAGACAUUUAGCAGAACAUUUGUUAGAGUUGCAAAAUCUUGCUGAAAAGUUGAAAGGAGAAGUUAUGAUAUUUGAUAUUUGUCAAUACGUACAGUCUUUUCUCAAUGAGCACAACAAACCUGGGUAUAGUAGUUUUUACGAAGAAAUGGUAUUGAAAAACCAAGAGAGGAUUCAAGUUGAAUUGCAAGAGAAACAGCUGAAAGCAGAUCAAGAACGACAAGUAUUGCAAGAUGAGGUUUUGAAAAGACAGGAAGUACUUAAAGCGGAACUGCGCAAUCGUCACGAACCAACGCGCCUAUCACUUGAAUCUGAUGCAAUUAUAUCACAGUCAAUAUCAUCUUCUCCUCUGGAAAGAGUUAAAACAUUUUCAAGGAGAAGAUGUAUGAGCACAUCUGAAAGUUCUGGAACUUCACUGUGUGAGCAUCAAGGAAUUAAGCUAAUACAUUUUGAUAAUAAUAAGAGUGAAAGGCAAGUUUACAGAGGUAAAUGUCUGGGCCAUAGUUCAAAAGGAUCAAUAGUGUAUGCUGGAGUAGAUAUAACAACAGGAGAACUCCUGGCAAUAACAGAGUGGAUUGUAAAGUUUGGAAAAUCAAAAGUUCUCGAUGAUGGAGAAUCAUUAGAUCAACAAAGCAUAAUGAAAGCAAUAGCCAGUAUUGAGCAAGAACUGAAUCAUUUAAAUAAACUACAUCAUGAUAAUCUAGUGCAUUAUUUGAAUAUGAAGUAUUUACAGGAUCAAGACAAUAUUAUCAUUUACAUAUUGCAAGAAUUUGUGGUUGGCACUACUUGUUCAUUUUAUCUUACAGAACGCAUUCCAGUGGCUGCAGAUAUGCUGAGAUAUUUGACUUUGGGAAUCUUAAGUUCUCUCAAAUACCUACAUGAAAACAAUGUAGUGCACAAAGAUUUACGAGACUCGAGUGUACAUAUUGAUCAAACUGGGCUAGUUCGACUUUCGGACUAUUCUCUGGAUAAACGAUUGUCAGACAUUUAUCAGUCUAAAUCUAUUGCUAAAGUAGAGAAUGAUUUUCCUACAAUACAAGGAAGAGGUGGAAAAAAGGCUGAUAUUUAUAGAUUAGGUAUACUUUUAUUAUCCCUAUUAAAAGGUUCAAUUGUGUCGCAGAAAGAAGUGGAAAUUGAUUUUACAUUUCCGCCUGAUCUAAGAGAUUUUUUAAGCAAAUGCUUAGAUGACAAUGAAAGAAAUCGUUGGUCUGCGGAACAAUUACUAGAACACGGUUUUUUAAAAACUCCCAUUGAACGUGGUUUAUCUCCACCUAAACAACAUAACAAUCAGAAUAAGAAUGUGAUUCAACCGGAAGAAGAAUCUAACGCGGAUGUGCAAAUACAUUCACCUGCUUAUGGUGGUCAGUCACGUAUUCAUAAUGAAUUUGAACUGCUCAAGUGGUUGGGUAAAGGUGCUUUCGGAUGCGUUUUAAAAGUUAAAAACAAACUUGAUGGUGGCAUCUAUGCUUUAAAAAGAAUCGAAUUGAAUCCGAAAAAGAAACAUCUACACAAAAAGAUCACAAGAGAGGUGAAGCUAUUGUCUCGAUUGAAUCAUGAAAAUGUUGUCCGUUAUUAUAAUUCUUGGAUUGAAAGCGCAAAAGUGGAUGAUGAUUCGAUACACAGUCGUCUCACGCCAACUACGUCAACUAAACUAAACUCAGAUAAAACUUCAAAUCCUGACGAAGACUUUGGUAAUGCGAAGAUUAAGUGGAAUGUUUCUCAUGAAACACGAGCGAAGGCUACGAUUGCAGGUAAUCGCAAAAAAGACAAUGUUGACCGUUCUAGCGAUGAGUCCGAUAGUGAUGACGGGUGGUUUGUUAGUAUGGGAAAGAAAGACGACUCGUCGUCGGGAGGUAUUGUAUUUGUACCUGAAACAUCCCCGGAGAAAGAUGAGGUACAGGAUUUACAAGACGAGGACCAAAAUAAACAAGAGACUAAAAACGGUUCCACAACCCCGAAAGAAAUUCAAUUUAUGUAUAUACAGAUGGAAUUUUGUGAGAAAAGCACACUAAGAACGGCAAUAGACAAUGGAUUACACAAAGAUGAGGAAAGAAUAUGGCGUUUGUUUCGGGAAAUCGUUGAAGGUUUAGUGCAUAUACAUCAGCAAGGUAUGAUUCAUAGAGAUCUCAAGCCAGUAAACAUUUUUUUGGACAGCAAUGAUCACGUGAAGAUUGGCGACUUUGGUUUAGCAACAAAUAUUAUAUCUGAUUAUUUUCUAGAGAGCUUGGAAAUGGAUGAUCUUAGAUCAUUGACAGGCCACAUUGGUACAGCGUUAUAUGCUGCUCCAGAAUUAUCAGAAAAGGCUGCAAAAGCUAUUUACAAUCAAAAGGUUGAUAUUUACAGUUUGGGCAUAAUAUUUUUCGAGAUGUGUUCUGAGCCAUUAAGCACUGGUAUGGAAAGGGUACAAGUCCUUAUGAAUCUUAGAUCGAAAGAAAUUAUUAUGCCUGAUGAAUUAAGCAACAAUCAGGCGAUGUCAAAUAAAGUCAAUCUUUUACGUUGGUUAUUGAAUCACGAUCCAAGUCAAAGACCAACCUCGCAAGAAUUAUUGUCUUCUACUUUGCUACCACCGCCACAGCUUGAAGAAGAUGAGCUUCAAAAAAUGGUUCGCCAUACUUUGUCAGAUGUACAAAGUAAAGCCUACAAAUACCUUAUUUCCUCUUGCUUCUCUCAAGAGAUGAUACCCGCAGAUGAUAUUACCUAUGAUAUGAACGUGCCGACAAAAGGAGUUCCUAAUUUUCAAAUCCUUAGUUCAUUUCAAGAAAAUAUCAAAUCAAAAGUCAUCGAAGUAUUUCAAAGGCACGGAGGAGUAUGCUUCACUGCACCAUUGUUCAUGCCAAAACUAGGUUCACUUUACAGUCAGACAGAUACAUGUGUUCGUGUAAUGACUCGUAAUGGUAGUAUUGUUACUAUUCCUCACGACUUACGCGCACCUUUUGCACGCUAUGUUGCACGUAACAAUAUUUUCAAUAUUAGAAGAUACUCAAUAGGAAGGGUGUACAGAGAGAAGAAGGUUAGUGAUUUUCAUCCUUGUGAGUUGUACGAGUGUGCCUUUGACAUCAUUAGCCCAAAGGCAAACAACUUGAUGUCAGAGGCUGAGCUUAUUUACAUCGCCUGGGAGAUUUGUAAUGAGAUACCUCACCUCAAGGAACGGAACUUUAUCGUCCGUAUUAAUCACACGUCGUUGUUGCAAGCUGUUCUAAUGUACUGUGGCGUCGAACGUGAAAAGUAUCAAGAUAUAUAUUCAAUGCUAUGCGACGCACGUGAGGGUAAAUUUUCGCGCUUCCAAGUGCAGACUCACCUGAUAAGCUUGUGCCUUACUGAUCAGGCGAUGGAGACACUAUUCAAUUUGUUUGAGACCGAAAAUUCGAUGGCGAAAAUCAAUAGCAUUCUCAAGACAAUUACAAAGAGGAAAGGAGAUUCGGCGGCACUUGCAAAAGAAGGCAUCGGAGAAAUUGACGAAGUUAUAGCUCACAUAGAAGCGCUGGGAGUAAAGUGGCCAGUCACAAUUACGCCACUGUUAGUGCACAACAUUAAUCAACAUAGUGGUGUAAUUUAUCAAAUCACUUGUGAAAUUAAGCGACGAAAAAAACGAGGUGGACAGGAAGUAAUUGCUGCUGGCGGAAGGUAUGACAAGAUGCUAGCGUCUUUCCGAGAGGUCUUAGAGCGCACAAAUUUGACAGGCAAGGAAAACAAGCAAUAUGGCGCGGGAAUUAGCAUAUCACUUGACAAGUUGGCAUAUGCGUCAUGCGAAUCAUCUGAAGAAGAUCUAUACUGGAAUAGAAAAUGUGCCGUCGACGUAGUAGUCUGCUGCGUGGACGGAGAACCUCGUCGUAGAAAGGAACUUGCUGAUGUUUUGCGUGAACUUUGGUCAUUAGGUCUCAAAGUAACUUCCUUGGACUUUGAUACGUCUGAAGAGGUUUUGGAAUAUUGUCGAGAAAGUGGUAUCAGUCAAGUAAUAUUGCUGAAAAAAGACGAAAAAACCCACUUGAGGAUACAUACUUGGGAGAGAGAGAGAUAUCAAGAACGUAAGAUUAGUAUUUAUGACCUGGGUGACCAAAUCCAACGUCAAAGCGAGAACGUUGCACCGAUUUCGCUCAAUAGAUCUGAAAGUAAAAUAAGUACCAAUUCGGAAGUAAAUGUCUCGAGUACCCCUCACAACGUUAAUAUUAACUUUGUCCUCUCCGAACGUGAUAAAUUGUCUGGAAGUGGCAGAAGAAGUUACAAAAAUAGCAUUGCCACACAAUUGUCUUCUUAUAUGCAGAGAAUUUCACCCAAAGUUCCUAUCGAAGUAUUUGCAGUUUCUCUUGAAGUGACUGUCGUUCGGACCAUCACCAAUUUUUUGGAGAUUGACGACAGUGAGCAGACCUUCCAAAAAAGCGUUCAAGUAUUGAUAGACAAGCAUCCGCGUCAUAAAAAGUAUAUAAAGCAGAUUUGUGACGAAAUGUGGGAAAUUCGUACAGAUAAACCACGUCCUGUUUUGAUUCUUUACAGUUUGACAGACAGCAAAUUUACACUGCUGUGGAAAAUGUCCAAGAGUCUGGGGUUACUCGAGAUCGAGAAGUGCAUCGCUUCGAGGUUAUGGUACACAGCCUCUGCUAUCCUUACCAGUGAAAUCGAGAACCACUACCUGGCCAACUAUACCAAGAACGACAUCGAGCAUCUGCUCCAAUUAAUUCACAAUGCUAUAAUUUCCAUCGAGAACAGACGGCAAUAUGAGUGGAUUAGUCAUAAUUUGUUAUUGUUGCUCGAUAAGCGCAAUUCAGCAAAAACCAAAGAAAAAUUGGAUCUUAUAGAAUUUCAUUCCAAUUUGAAAUUAAUCAGCAAUGAAUUACCAGAAUUUGUUGAAAAGGAACUGUUAGAAUUAUUUCAAGCAAUUUUAAAUGCCAAGCAAAGAACCACUUCGUAUACCAACAAGAUUUCUACAAAGUCCCUUGAAUUUUUAGAAACUAUUUUAUGUACAAAGCCAACACUCACUUGUUGGCUUAUUAAUGAUUUAUUGUAUUUAUGGCCUACAUCUGAUUCAGUUUUGCAAGAUGUUUAUUCAUGUGCUUUGAAAAUUAUCAUCGAUAAAGACAAUGUAAACAAACACUUGGGUGCUAUAUUGUGUAUAUUAUCUCAAUUAAAUCUCACAGAGUGUAAAGAAGAUCAGUUGUUGAGUUGGCUUUAUUCACAUCUAUAUAAGCUGCAUAACUCUGAUCAAAUAGAAUUAGCACUAUACUCCAGGAAGAAUGCAAAAUUUUUAAAUGAAUGGCACAAGUUCUUAGAUGAUAAGAAUUUUAGAUCAAUACCCAUUGAUAAUCUAAGUAGUGCUAACAAGAUUAGCAAUGUUGUAUUUCUGACUAAUGGCAAUAAUGUAAACAAGCCCUAUCUACAUGCUAAAGAGCUCACCUUGAGAGUAAUUAAGCGAGAAGUGCAUUGGCUGUUGGAUAUUUUGGACAUAUGUGCAGUAUUGGUCGAGAAUGGAGAAUACGACAAAACUUCGAGAAUCCUAUCCUGCCCAUUACUCCGAAAUUUAUGGCCGUCGCUGCUGCUGCACUAUCUGCACAAUUUACCUCACAUACCAAUCACUACCGAAACGAUUACAUGGCAGAGAAGUCUGAAUAUUUGCGAGUCCCUCAAAUUUCUACUGACCAAGUGCUGCUACGCACAGUACGAGUACAACGAGCCGAUUCUUGUCAACCUCAAUGCUUGUCUUAAUAGUCGUCUCGCAGUGGUUAAGUGGAUACUCGAGUACCGUAGAAAGAACUCAACCACUGUCACCGAUCCAAACCUGUCAGUCAAGCGAAUACUGAAUGGACUUCAAGACUAUUGUAUUCUAUCCGUUCUCAAGAAAAAUAUCGAUAUUCACGAAUGCAACUAUAACGAUUUGGAAAACCUACUAAAAGAUAGAGAUGAGGCCGUGCGAGUAUUUGUUUCUUAUCGAGCGAUGCAGAUUGCGUUGAAGGCUAUCAUUGCCAGUGAGUCGUAUAAAUUAAGAUUAAAGGACAGCACUGCGAGUUACUUCAUGGAUAUGGAGACUCUUAUAAACACGAUUAAUCCGCUGGCACUUCGUCUUGAGGUAGUCGAAAACGUGUUCUCUAUGCUGUUUCUUCGUCACGAUGCACACUUCAACGUUUCCGAGGGUACCUCUGAGGAAGAGGACUACGAAAGUACUUUUGUGGAAAAAGAGCGUCAGAGCUCGGCGUAUGAAAGUCGCGAGUCGGAGACGCAUCGAACGCGCUACGGAUUCGUCUCUAAUAAACAUUCGGUCAAGAAAAUACUGAACCACUUAAAACGUUGCAUCAUUCAAGUAGGCAUUGACUUUGCAAAGCUCAGACGAAAAGUUGGCGAUACGAUGGACCUAAAAGCAGUGCAAAAGAGAAUCUUUGCCAUAGACAACGUAUUAUCCGAUGCAUUUUGGCGUCUUGAGCUGUUGACUUGUGGCGACGUAAUAGAAAGUCGCGAAGAGUUGCUCAUUGAAAAUGCCAUUUCUUCGCCGACCAGCGAGUCCGAAACGGACGAGAAGCUGAACUUCUCCUUUAGGAUGAAAAGUAAGUCGAUAUUUUACAAUCAGCAGAACGAGAGCUCCUCCGAAGAUGGUGGCAAGGAUCUCAAGUGUGACGUCGACGUAUCCUCGGAAACAGGUUCCACAGACGCCAUCGCAGUUGGUCCGAAGCGCAGGAAGAGAAGCAAAAACUUGGUAACGCCUAUCGAUGGGACAAGCUUGAAGAAUACCAACUCGAAAUUUAUCGUCAACCUCAUGUUGGCGUCGAAGGAGAGUUUAGUGCUACAGUGCUUAUGGAAGGCCGACUAUCCUCGAGCACAACAGGUCAUCGAAAUAUUUAACCUGAAGAGCACGCAGCUAGAUGGGCACGUUCGAUUUUCGAAAGCCAUGCAAAAUUUCAGACACGAAAUGCUGAAACAAUCGAAUUCCUUGGAUACUGUAGAUUCUACCAAGAAAAACAAAGAACUCCAUCUCUUUGAGAAUGUCAGGCGAGCAGCGCAAGGCGGUUUCCAAAGCUCGCGAAUCGCAAGCCAACUCGAGACUUUCAUUGCCUCGCAAGAGGCGAACGCUCAUCUCCUCGCGACCGAGUCUCUGAGUACUCGUGAAAUUCUCACCUUGUGCGUCCUGGACUUGGCAUUGACAUUGACCUCGACUUCAAACCAUCAGACCAGUUUACUCGAUGUGGCUCAAAAAUAUCUGAAGCUUUCUCGCAAGCUUGAGGGUACACGUCACGCUGACCAUUUUCUUAAGGUAUAUCGUCUAGUGCAAGAAACAAGUCCGACAAGGUCGGUGCCAAGUUUGCUGUGCGAUGCUUCAAUCCCCUUGAAACUCCAGGACUGGAGGGAGAAGACAGAGUUUUGGAGUCAGCUCUCGGAGAAGACUAAGCAAUUUCAAGCGACUCAGUGGCUGUUAGAUCAAUUGGAUAAUAGUAAGAUUAACGACAAUGGACCUGCGCUCACUGGUCAAACGGUCUUCCACGAGGUCAUUGCUCUCUGCGGUAAUGGCGAGAGCUAUCUGCACAAGAUUUUGGCUCACCUAGAAAUACUGUACUCUAUUGUUCCUCACGAUGAACGAAUUGACACUAAGACAGAGUCAGUCUUGCUCAGCAAUUCGGUAGAUUCCUACUUCGGGCAUCAAGUCUUCGAUUUGAACAUCGAACCUGAAAGUCUCGAAAUAAUAGCCAAUAAACUUGGAGUUAAUUUAGUUCAUAAUAUUUUAGUUAAUUGUUGCCCUAAGCUUACUUGUUAUGAUUCGUUAUGCACUUUAUGUAGCGAUACAUGGGGCUGUAUAGUUCUAAAUAAAAAUUUAGAUAAUAAAGAUGUGACUGAACACAAAGCACUUGAUCCAAAUCAGUGCGUGGUAGAUAUUUUGUUAGAGUUGCUUGAAACUAUUAAGCGCUUGUAUCCAGAUUGUGCAAGGAUAUUAAAUAAAGAUUUGGAUGAUUUAUCAAAGGACACAAAAAUCCAGCAGAUUUUGGCUAAAUCGUCCAUACUAGAAACAAUAGACUUGAGUGAAUUAUCAGUCGGCGAGCAUACUUUAGCUUUCUUUAUAAACCUAUGGAACCUAUUGUUUCUUCAUACGCUACUGACUUUCUGGGUUGGCGAUCCCCCAUCAAACUCAUUGCGACAUUUCAUUUCAUUGUCAUCGGUUAGUUAUCACGUUGGAGAUUUGGGACGCAUUUCUUUGUCAACAUUAAGGUCCAAACUUCUCGCUUGCAUGGCGUGGGAUUCUGAAUUCUUCUCACGCACUGAAGAUCUAAAUGAAGAAGCUUGGCAGGAUCUCGAUCUUGUUCACGAUCCUCGUGCCAUUUUUGCCAUGAUAAAUGAAUUUCACGAAACUCCAGCUAUUCAUAUUUACUAUCCACAAAAUUUAAAUAAAGACUUGAAUCAGAGACUGUGCGAUUAUUUAGACUGUUAUUCUAAAAAAGAAUCAGAACUUAGUGAUAUUAGUAAUGAAAACUUAAAAGAUGGAAGACGAAUCGUACGUUUACCGGAUCUCGUUGAACGUUACGAAAAGUUUGUAGAGAAAAAUUUAACAAAUUCAAAUUACAUUAAUGUGAGUCAUAUGCAUUCGCCUCAAACGAAUUUUUCCCUGACUGACUAUUUUGGCACAUUGGAAAAUUUCAUUCGUAAAUACGAGGUACAUACAAUUUCAUUCGAAAUAUCCCUUAAGUUAGACGAACUGAAAUCUGUAAAAAGUGAGUCGACGAUGAAACGAAGUCUUAGCUCUAGCCAUAAUAAUUCCACGGCCUGGAUAUCCAGAUCGAUCAAACCCAAUGUAUUGCAUUACUUGGAUGGCCAUUGUUGGCUGCUAUCGUAUUUAGUUAAACGCGUUCAUAAGGAAACGUCAUCCAUGCUAGAAAGUGGCUGUGACAAUUUACAAAGAACUACCUGUCUCGAAAAUAUUGCCACUUCACCGUGGAUUGCGACGUUGGCCAGGGCGCUGUUUGAUGAUAAUCCAACACUAGCCAGUAUACACGAUAAUCUAUCACUGAAUGAUUUGUGGAUGUACUUUGAAAAAUGUUUGAACGAUGAUCGAAUUCAAGACUGUCUAGAUGUGAUUAACGCAUUGCCAAGCAAAUUAUUAAAUAAAUCGACGGAGAUACAGUGCUUGAAAGAUAAACUAUUGUGCCAGAUGAUUGAGAAAAUGGAAAAGAGUUCGGAUGCUGAUAAGAUUUUACAAUGUGUUUACCAAAUCAAGGACAUUAAUGUGUUAACACAAACUAUACUUUCCAACAUAAACAAAUGGCCUGUUCAUUUAUGUCAGAACGCUUUAUUCCAUGCAUUGCAUCAUACAGACAGGCAUAAACUUCCAUCGCAUUGUAAAUUUAAAAUGAACGAGACCCUUUGUAGAGUUACCGUUUUUUACAAAAUGUUACCCUACUACAAGAACAAGGAAUUAGAUUCCAGAGAAGCUACUUGGUACGAUGUACUUUACUGCACCGAAAAAACUGAUCCAGUCUGCAUUGUUCAAUCAUUAAUUGAAGCCAAUAAGUUUGAACUUUGUCUCGAGUGGUUGGAAUAUCAGGCAUUCUCUUUGGAAAUUCAAUCGUUAGUUUCCCAAGAUCUUUUUUUAGGAUUAUUAAAAACCGACGAGACUGACUUUAAAAAUGCUCGUAAACUUUUAAAAGCACUUCCGGUGAAACAAUCGGUAAAAAUGUGCAAAAACGUUCUCAAACGAUUAGAAUCAAUCACAGCAAUGAGAUUUGUCAUUGAAUACUUACUUGAACACUGUGAGCCAGAAAAAAUGCUUUUAUAUUACAAAACACAAAUCGGCGUAGAAAUUCUCGAUCAAAUGGAACCUAAAGAAAGGAUUCAUUAUAUUCACUUGAUAAAAGAGCCACUUUUGAUGUUGGAGCAACUAUUAAUGAAUUGCAAAUUUGAAAAUUUGCGGAAAAUUUUUAACGUUGUUCAAAGAUCGGAUGAUCUUAAAAAAGCUGAUUUUUCUAUAGAAAAUUUUGAUAAAAUAGUUAGAUUUUACGCAGGAAAAUCUUUAGACUUUCGAGUAUCGUUGCAACGCGAUGGUGUGGAUUCUAAAAAUAAAGAUUCAGCUUCUAUAACGUCGUCGUUGGACAUCGAAAGUCGAAAUGGUGAAUUUGUCAUGCCAACGAACGUGCCAACCAAGGAAGAAUGGAUUCCCAACGACAAAGCAAGAGAAUGUAAUUGUUGUAAAGCAGUCAUAUUCUCGAUGUUUAACCGUCGGCAUCAUUGUCGUCGUUGUGGUCGCGUUGUUUGUGCAGCUUGUUCGCAACAACGAAUGCAAGUUUCUGGCUACCCGAAAUCUGUGCUGGUGCGAGUCUGCGACGAUUGCAAGAGGCAAACAAUUCUCCAACAGCAGGCAGCACAAGGAACAUCAUCAGGUGCAAGCAGUGUUGCCCUGGAAUGUUGGAAGCUUACCACCGACGAGACGCAUAAUCAAUCUGUUCGAGACGAAUUUUCCUUCGAGUACGCUCCGAAUAUAUCUCUGUGCCUUGCAAUCCUCAGUCUGCAUUCGGAUCAUAAAGCUUACGCGAGCUUUCUACUUGAUCGAUGCGACGAGAUGAAAAGGCUCCUGCAGCCGAUGAAUGGCGGACGUGUCAAUCCGGAGAUUGAUCAUGCACUGAUUAUCAAAAUGAUUCGAUCUUUACUGGUGGCAGUCAAAGUUAAGUGUGCCAAACUUGGUUUGAAUGCCGGACUGGCACACUGCGAUCGCUUUCUCUCGCAAGUCGAUUUGAUCUCGACGCUCGUUCAAUCCGAUUGUCUCGCACUUAUACCCACGGACGAUAGUUUGGACGAGCAUGCACUUAGAAAAUUACGAGAUUUAUUAACCGAAAAAGAACAGUGGACAUUAGCUCUCGAUGUUAGCACUAAAUCGGGACUGGAUACUCAAGGAGUCUGGGCUGCUUGGGGAAAAGCUUGCUUAAAGGCUGGUUAUUUUGAUCGAGCAAGAUCAAAAUUUUCUCAUUGUUUAGAGAAAGUUGUUUAUGAAAAUAAUGAUGAUUGGGUAUUUUUAUCAUAUCCGGAUGCAGAAAAUGCUAGCAAAAGUAGCGAGGAUUCACUAGACAUGCCAAGGCAAAGAAAAACAAACGAUGUUUCAUCUAAUCGUAAACGAAAAACAGCUAAAUGCCGUCCCAUGAAAGAUCCACCUCUGCUUCUAGAAGUUUUGCAGAUUUUGGAAAAUCAAAGUCAACUGAAUCCCGAUAAUUUACAAAAUGCACAGUCAAAGCCCAAUGUAGCUCAAGAAAUUAUCACAACUCUCAAUAGUUUGAAAGCGGUGAGCCAGGGUCAGUGCUCUUUCGUUCGCAAUUGGAAUACUCGCAAUAUUUAUUAUGAGGAAAGUCUCUACUACCUCGUCACUUAUGGCAGCUAUAAUUCAAUACUCGAGUUUUUCGUCAAACAUGAAGAGUUUAACAAGUGCCUCGAUUUCAUAGUAGAAAAUAAAGUCGAUCCCGAUCUUUUUUUUAACGCCGUGUACUUGCGCUGUUUAAGUUUGGGCUUUAUUGAUAAACUGCUCAAUGCAAUGCGAAUCGAUGAUGUCAGCCUUUUGUCUUGGAAAAAGUAUCUGGUUUACACUUGUCACAGUCUCAACAAAAAGCAAUACCUUCACACUCUCUAUCACUUGCAACUGUUUAUGCGAGACUUUAUUCGAGCAGCCAUGACUUGCAUUCGUUUUUACGAGCAGGACGCCAGAGAUUAUAUCGAUUUGUGUACCAAAUCUCACUUUCUCAUCGAUGCACAGAGACAUUUGGAAACUGAAUUGAACGUGGACAAUUUGAGUAAAAAGCGAAGAAAAAGCAUUAGCUCGUCUCACAAUGGUUCACAUGGUGGUCUAACCAUGGAAAUGGAACCAUCAGAGAUUGACAAACACAUGAAUACGAUAUCCAGGCAAUUGGAAAUUGCCAAAUUUUUGAGCAAAGUCGAAGAAGAAGGUAGACCAGUUGGUCCGUAUUUAAAACAUCUCCUGGAUAUGGAUACUGAAAAUACACAUUCCAAUGAACUGCCAACUCUAUUUGGGAAUCAACAACAGAAGACUAAACUCGCCGUACUAGCUAUAUUAUGUGGACGGAAUAUAGAAGAAGGUUUCGGAAUAGCCUUUAGGAUAUUACAAGAUUACAAUUUGCGCCCGCAAAAAGUAUAUUCUCUAGCUGGCCACGUUCUAGCAUUAGAAAAGAAAAUCGAUUCUAUAGAACAAUUGAUCAAAUGUUGUCGGAGCUCAGGUGCACCAGACUCGCAAGCUAUAUCCGAUCGUGUUUUAACGCACUGCGUGAAGCUUCUACUGCACAAUCCUCAAAUGGAGUCGAAUUCUGAUUUUAAAGAUAGAGUGGAUUCUCUGAUAAGGCUGAUAAACGAUGUUGAAUUAAAGAUAAGCUCGUACAUCGAAAGUAAGCAACUGAAGGCGGCUUAUCUGCUUGCAGUCAAGCACCAACAAGCUCAAGACAUUAGAAAAAUUUUAAAAGAAGCUGAUAGACUCGGUCAAAAUGCCAUUAGAUCCAUUUGUACUAAAUGGUUGAAGCAAACACAGAAUCCAUUGUAGAUAUAUAAAGAAUUAGCGAGCGACUGCGGGAAAGGGGAAAGAUGCGAAAUAAUAAUAAUCAAGAUUUUAGGCUUACAAAGCUUUUAUUGUACUCAAACGUAAUUGGGCACGCCACUCUCACACGUUAAAUGAUAUUUAUAUUUUAUUUAUUCAAGCAAUACGCGCGAAUAUAGUAAUUAAAAAGUUCCCAUUGAUAUUUUAUCGCUCGGAUUUAAUAUAUUAUUGCGAUAUCGUGGUGUAAAUUAAUAACAAUUAAAACGACAAUAUUUAUACUACAAUGAAAUAACAAUUAAUCGAGCGUAAUGAGACUGCCAAACCAUAUACUCUAAAUUAAAUGGUGUUGGCACUGGCAUAUAAUAACCAAAUUUUAGUACGGGUCUGUGAUAUGAAUUAUAUGAAAUAAAUCAUGUUAUCAAUCGAUUAUUUCAACUUGUAAUGUUUUUGCGAGGCAACAUUUUUACUGUAUUUGUGCGUAAAAUCAUUUAUUUUAUAAAAAAUUUAUACACUGGUUGAAAGUUUAUCAAUGAUGAUGUUAAUAAUAAUUGUAUGUACGCCAACAACAGAAUCAUUUAAAUUUUAAUUUUACAUAAAUUUUAUUUUGUAAAAAUACUGCUGUAUUUUAGAUAAUGUAUAUUAAAAAACAAAGAAAGCAUCACAAAAAAUAAUUUUCCUGUAAUUCUUAAACAGUGAAUUUUCUACCAGUGUAUGAAUUGAAAUGAAUUAUUAUAAAUGAAAGUAUAUAGAAUAAAGUAAUAAAUAAUAAUACAUAAUCAUGGUGUUUUAAAGUACUGUCCUAAUGGAAUGUUUGAUGAAUAUAACAUAAGCCGGUGACAGACUAGAUAAAAAUACCAAUUAUAGACUAUCUCUCAUUACCUUGUGGAAUGUACUUGAAUCACAAAAAUAGCAGUUCUUUGUCUCUCAUUCUUUCUUUCCUUUUUUUUAAAUCGAACAAAUCUUACGCCUCAAGUUUUAAUAAAAGUAAAAGG